GAUGUCUCAGAAAUCUAAAAACGCCAGUAUGACAGUUCGCUUUUGGGAACCCUACGUGGGAAGAUGUCCAACCUCUCCAGUAGACCAUGCGGUUACUGUUCAUGUUGACAAUGGAAAUCCUACGACAUCGCCUUCCCGCCAAGGCUCCACCGCAACAAUUAAUCAUACGGUACAUUUGCAUACAUCAACGGCAUCGCCAACAGCUUCACAAUCCUCUGUUCACCCCCAAACAACAGAAGUACAAAGUACAAAAAGUACAAAAAGUACAGCGUCAACGUUAUUACCAGCGGACACAGAAAAAGAGUCUCAAUCAAUGAGUGGUGCAGUGUUGGGAAUCAUCAUUGGGGCAUGUCUUAUAGUGGCAGGCGGCAUAGCUACCGGAAUUAUCUGCGCACUGUGUAAAAAGAAUAAAAGACAAGUUGACGAUAAGAAUUCGAUGAAUGGUUAAUGGCUAUUCUAGAGAGACUGACGGCAGAAAUUAUUCAUGUUACAUAAUGUAUUGAUGACCCAAGGUCAUGCAUGGAAUUAAACUCCACUAUCAUACCACACAGAAGGCAGUUUACAUCAAGAACAUUUCGAGACAGAUCUAAUAAGUUUGAUUUAAAUGAUUACGUCAUGAUGAUUGGAAGUCAUGAUCUCGUUGUUGCAAAAUCUGAAAUAUAUCAUGUUUGAGAGUGUUACAAACUGUUCAUAUUUUAAGACUAACAAAACAACAAGUUCAUAUAACUUCCAUAUUAUAUAUUACAUGUGAAAAGACAUAUAGUUUGUUGUGGUCCAAAGAGAGUACGAUAUUCUAUUUCGUCUUUGCGUAUUGCAGAGUUAUCUUCUCUUGGGAACAGGUAUUGAUUGUUACGUCAUUGGUUUGUGUGAGAAAAUUACGUCGUUUUCUCAAAAAUUGAUGACGGUACUCUCGCAAACAAGUGACGAAACAAUCAAUACCUGCUCCCAAGAGAAGAUACUCUGCAAUACGCAAAGACGGAAUACGUGUGAUUUGGUUACCAAUUAACAUGAGCGUGUUAAAAUCGUUAAUCUGGAUUAUUGUAUGCCAGAACAAAUCUUGAGUUAUUAUUAAUUUUAAAGUUAAAGUAUUCUGUGGAUGAGUUUAUUUGGAUAAGCAUUAAUUCGAAUUAAGGAAGUUAUAAUUACAUUGCUAUGUUCUGUGUUUGAAUUUGAACAUCACACGUAGUUAUCUUACAUGCAUCUAUCUAUACGACACAUUAAUAUAUAGAUAAGUUCAUUUAUUCAUUUCUUUGUGAUGAAUUAUGUCAACCUCAGGACAUAA